AUGGCAGCUCACCCUUUUGACCCGAUCUCCGAUGCGGAGAUUCGCUUGACUUCCAAGCUUAUCAAGAACUCUUACGGCAAGGACCAGAGGAUCCGGUUCUCUCAAAUCGACAGACAAGAUCCUCCAAAACAAGACAUGCUUAGAUACCUAGAAGCCGAAAAAGCUGGAAAGACUCUUCCACAAAUCUCUAGAAUCACCUACGCUUUUUACUAUGUGGGUAAGGAUUUCUACAAAGCCUUGGUUAAUGCUACCUAUGGCCACCUGAUUACUACCCAGAAGCAAGGAAAGGGUGUUGUCGGCCCAAUGAUCGGUGACGACGUCGCUGCCUUGGAGCACUUGCUUACCAUCCAUCCAAUUGUCCAGGCCGAGGUGAAGAAAUUAAACCUGCCCCCACACAUCAAGGUUGUUUGCGACCCUUGGAUUUACGGAACCGACGACGACAAUGAGGACAGACUGCUGGUUCAGUGCUACAUGUACUUGGCCAACGCCAACCACCCAGAGUCCAACCACUACUCGCUGCCGCUUAAGUUCUCGCCUGUGUUUGAAUCGCUCACUAACGAGUUUGUCAGAAUGGACUAUCUUCCAGCUGGAACCGAUGCCACAUCUUUGCAGGACACCGAGCCAUGGACCGACUUUUCUCUGGUCGAGUAUCACCCAGACCUGAACGGCGAGCCCUUGAGACCUUUGAAGCCUUUGGUUGUCCAGCAGCCAGAAGGUCCUUCGUUCAACGUUGAUGGUCACAAGAUCACCUGGCAAGGAUGGGAAUUCACCGUGGUUCCAAACAGCAGAGAGGGAUUUGCUAUCUACGACAUCCACUUCAAGGGAAGAUCCGUUAUCUACAGACUGUCCCUGUCUGAGAUGACUGUUCCUUACGGAGACCCAAGAGCUCCGUACCACAGAAAGCAGGCUUUCGAUCUUGGUGACGCUGGAUUCGGUGCCACCGGAAACUCCUUGAAGCUCGGUUGCGACUGUUUGGGAGUCAUCAAGUACUUUGACUGUACUAUCACCGACUCUAAAGGUGAGCCUCGCUUGAUCCCAAGCACUGUCUGCUUGCACGAGCAAGACGGUGGCUUGCUGUACAAGCACAUGAACUACAGAACCGGAAGUGCCGUGACUGCUAGAAGAAGAGAGUUUGUUGUUCAGACCAUUGCUACCGUCGCUAACUACGAGUAUCUGCUCAACAUUAUCUUUGACCAGGCCGGUGAGGUCAGAAUUCACGUGAGAGCUACCGGUAUUUUGUCCACCAUGCCAAUCGAGAAAGACAAGACUGUGAAUUGGGGUACAAAUGUUGGUCCGCUUGUCAUGGCCGCCUACCACCAGCACUUGCUGUCGUUCAGAAUCGACCCUGCCGUCGACGGCUACAACAACACCGUUGUUUACGACGAUGUUGAAAGAAUGCCUACCGGUACGGACUUUAACCCAUACAACGUUGGAUUCUUCACCAAGAGAACCGUUGUUGACAAGCCAGGUUACGUCGAGCAAUCUCCAUUCACCAACAGAUCCUACAAGAUCAUCAACGAGAACGUUAUCAAUCAAACCACCAAGAGACCUGUUGGCUACAAGAUUCUGAUGCCUGCCAGACAGAUGCUUCUUGCUGAUGACGACUCGUUCAACGCCAAGAGAGCACACUUUGCUACCCAGCAGCUCUGGGUCACCAAGUACCAGGACAACGAGUUGUACGCAGCUGGAGAGUUCACCAACCAGUCGCACGUCGACACCGGUUUGAAAGAAUGGGCCUACAGAAAGGAAAACGUGAGAAAUUCCAACCCUGUCGUCUGGGCUACUCUUGGAUUCACCCAUAUUCCAAGAGCAGAGGACUUCCCUGUGAUGCCUGUUGAGACACACGAGAUUGGUAUUGUGCCUCACGACUUCUUUGAGAAGAACCCGGCUCUGGACGUUCCGCAAUCCACACAGAGCUUCAACAAGUCCGCCUACUACCCAGACUCGUCCAAGUCUGACUCAUGCUGCAAGACGGCUUUGUAA